CCCGCCCCCACUGAUCGCAGCCCUGAGUGCCCGCGGAAGUUGGUUUGUGGAGUGAGGACGGGAUGCUAUGAAUUUGUGUGAAUUAAUGCGAAACACGUCGACGUUUUCCGUAGUUUCUCCGGAAAGUGUCCUUCUCCGUUGCAGAAGCAGAUGAGCGUGUGCUGGGGCGAGAUGUUGAAGUGCGGCAUGCUGGAGCGGGACAGGCUGACUCUCAAGAGACGCUCCGCUGUCCUCUGCAAACAGCUGGUGGUGGACGAGAUGCUCGUUCAGCUGCUGCAGGCGGACGACAUCCUCACCGAGAGCAUGGCAGAGAGCAUCAUGGCUGAGCAGACAUCUCAGAAACGAAGCUGGCGUCUGCUGCUACUCUUACCAAAGCGAGGGCCCAAAGCCUUCAGCCACUUCUGUGCAGCUCUCCGAGAAACUGAGCAGCAACAUCUGCGUGACCUGCUCACACAAUCACCAGAAAAAGACGGUAAAGAGACGCACAUAGAGGGGCUUGUGGACUCUUCGUUCCCACUCCCCACGCAGGAGGGUGUUGCAGCCAAAAGACCAAGGACACAUGAGUCCAUGGAGUUUAGUCUGGAUGCAGACAGUCCCAUUAACACUCCUGUGCUCCCGUGCACGCCAGACUUUUACCUCUCCCACUGCCAGCAGUCCUACAGAAUGAAUUCGUCCCCUCGUGGCUUUGCCUUGGUGAUCAGUAAUGUGACCUUUGACCCUUGUGCUGCCCCUGACCUUGACACCAGGAAGGGAGGUGAAGUUGACGAUGAGGUCCUCAGGAAGGUCUUCACAGAGUUGGACUACCUGGUUGCUGUCCACAGAGACCUCACUGCUCAGGGCAUGAUGUCAUGCAUUGAGAAUUUCUGCCGACGACCAGAGCACCGGUCAGUGGACAGCUGUGUGGUGUGUCUCCUCUCGCACGGAGUGGAAGGAGCCGUGUAUGGCACAGACGGACAGCUCAUGCAGCUGGACUGGGUGUUUGAGGCCUUUGAUAAUUCCCGCUGUCCAAUGCUACAAAAUAAACCAAAGAUGUUCUUCAUCCAGGCCUGCAGAGGAGACGAGAUGGACUGUGGAGUGGAGCAGAUCGACGGACCAGCGAGGACCUGCUCACCGAGCUGUGAACAGCGAGAUGCCGGGAGGGAAGGAAAGGGGGACGCAGACUCCAUUGAGAGGGGAGACAUGGGGAGGCCGAGGAUUAAACUGCCCCAGCGGUCUGACAUGAUCUGCGGAUUCGCAUCUCUCAAAGGUCAGAGAACUUGCACAGCGGCGAUGCGAAACACCAAGAGGGGAUCGUGGUUCAUCCAGGAACUUAAUGCAGCACUCCGCCUCCAGGCCAGAGACACACACCUCGCAGACAUUCUGGUGCAGGUCAACAGGCGGAUCAAGGAGCGGGAGGGUUAUGCCCCUGGCACCGCCCACCAUCGCUGCAAAGAGAUGUCAGAGUUCACCAGCUCAUUGUGCAAAGACCUCUACCUGUUCCCCAAGUACCAGCCCUAGUAUUGAGGAUACGCACAAAUUGACACAGUGAUUAAUACACGUACACGUACACGUACAAACACACACACACACACACUCACACACACACACACACACACACACACACACACACACACACACACACACACACACACACACACACACACAUUCCUUGAAUUAUAGCCUCACAAUAAUGGCACACCACUGUUCCUUCCACUUCAGUUACUGCCACCAACACACACACAUUCCUGUUAGAGCUUCACCUUGAACAUUGUUCAUUCAUAUUUUCUGUGUAAAUAUUGACCACUCAAACACACAAACAAAUGUCUCAAAGGAAAUAGGACCUCACUUUUAAAUAUAUAUAUGCACUCAGAAGCGAGCAGCAUAUUAUCGUACAAUGUACUCGUUUGUCUGUGAGUCUGCAUCUACGCAAGUUGGUGGGUUUAGAUUUUUAAUCAAAGACAAUUUUAUUUGUUGUUUUCUCUCUGCACAGCUACUUUGAGGUUUCACAAGUCCCCUUUUAAACCAUAUUUUGUAUACAGACCUAUUUUUGUGGCUUUAUUUUGUAUGAAAUUUUUUUUUAUAAGAAUUUUUAAUCCCACUUGUUUUAUUUGUACAUGUUUGUAAAAAGUUUUUUUCAUAACCUGUUUUUAGUGUAGUGACAGACAGGGGGCAGCACAGCAGAGAGAAAUGCAUUUCAUCAUCUCUCUUUCAUCAAUUUUAUUUAUAUGUCCGACAGUUCAAAAUGAUAUUUACUGUUGUGAGUGCGGACAGCUAAUUUUAAGUGACAGUCAGCUACAGUGAUGAUUUAACUGUAAAGUCAAAGCUGCAGGUUUUGAACUGCUCUCAUCAGAGUGGUGCACAUUUUUUUAUCUCACAUAGUUUGUCUUAUGAAAGGAAAAUGGAGGCAGCUUGUUUAGAUCCCGUUCGCCUUUGCUAUGUAGACGUUCAAUAUGCAAAUAUGAAUAUUUUUUAAGCUCAAAUUUCAUGAAGGCACCCACGAAAACCCUGCGAAAAAUGAUCCUCAUACCAGCUGUGUUACUGUAGAUCUGUCAGGGAAAUGUGGUGCUACUUGUGGGGUCUUACACCUACUGUAUGAACUCUGACCUUUACGCUAACUGACUCCUCAUGGUGUUUCUCCCUAUGCGAGAGCUGAACACUUAGUCCCCCUUUCCACAUUCUGGUGUUAUUGUACUACACAUGUAUUUUCUAUGUCUUCCAUACAAAAAUGUACAGUUUUCUACAGCGGCCGGUAGCAUGAGAGGAAGGUCUAUUAGAAAAAUGUAUCACCGCGGUGGUGCUUUCACAGUAUGUUGUAUCACUCGGGCACCUGCCCCCCCCUCUCAAUGAGGAAAUCUAUUUCUCAAGGCUGUGAGGCAUUGAUGUUUCGCAGAAAAGGCCUGAGCAGGCAAAGUGUGUUUAGUUACAACAGUGUUGUAGUGAAAGGAAACAGAGUAUAUGGUCGAAACAGUAUCGACCGUCAACCACCUGUAAACAAAGACGCUUUCUAAGUGUGUGAGGUAGAGUUCGCCCUGGUCUGUAACAUCUUCACUCCUUGUUUUUCGCAAUUAGGGAAUAUGAUUUUGGGGGAAAAAAGGAAAAACACAGGAGUAAUAUGCAAGGGUAACCCUCUUACAGAGUGAUAUUUGCUGCCAAGUUCUGUUGGCGUGCGGUGUGGGGCACCGGGAGAAUUUUUUUAUUUCUGUCAAAACACCAGAGACUGCCAAACGUCCUAUACAAUAAACAGGCCGCGGCUUUUAAACAAGA